GUUGGAGUUCAAGUUACUCUUUCUUACAUGUGAAAGAAAGUGAGGAUCAUUCAGUACCUUGCUUGUAAAGCCACCAAGAAAAUGACAGCAUUUGUAACUGCCAACAAUUGUGUUCUCAGCACCCCUGCACCAUUGCCUAAAGGUCAGACUUCUGCUGAAUCACAACUGUUUGGCGCUGAGCUAUGACAAGAGAGAAAACAAGUUAACUAAGCAAGCCAGCCCUACGUGAGAAGCAACAUUCCUUGAUAACAUGCUUUUGCGAAGUUCAGGAAAAUUAAAUGUGGGCACCAAGAGAGAAGAUGGUGAGAAUACAGCCCCCACCCCUCGUCCCAAGAUCCUGCAGUGUAAAUGCCACCACCACUGUCCAGAAGACUCAGUCAACAAUAUUUGCAGCACAGAUGGAUACUGCUUCACCAUGAUAGAAGAGGAUGAUUCUGGAACGCCUGUUGUCACCUCUGGAUGUCUAGGACUGGAAGGGUCAGAUUUUCAGUGUCGGGAUACUCCCAUUCCUCAUCAGAGAAGAUCAAUUGAAUGCUGCACAGAAAGGAAUGAAUGUAAUAAAGACCUCCACCCUACCCUGCCCCCACUGAGAAAUAGAGAUUUUGUGGAUGGAACUAUACACCAUAAGGCCUUACUUAUAUCUGUGACUGUCUGUAGUUUACUGUUGGUCCUUAUCAUUUUAUUCUGUUAUUUCAGGUAUAAAAGACAAGAAGCCAGACCUCGGUACAGCAUUGGUCUGGAGCAGGAUGAAACCUACAUUCCUCCUGGAGAAUCCCUGAGAGACUUGAUUGAGCAGUCUCAGAGUUCAGGAAGUGGAUCAGGCCUCCCUCUGCUGGUCCAAAGGACGAUAGCUAAGCAGAUUCAGAUGGUGAGACAGAUUGGCAAAGGUCGUUAUGGGGAAGUUUGGAUGGGAAAGUGGCGUGGAGAAAAGGUAGCUGUGAAAGUAUUCUUCACCACAGAAGAGGCCAGCUGGUUCAGAGAGACUGAAAUAUACCAGACAGUCCUGAUGAGGCAUGAAAACAUCCUGGGAUUCAUUGCUGCAGAUAUCAAAGGGACUGGGUCCUGGACUCAGUUGUACCUUAUCACAGACUACCAUGAAAAUGGUUCACUUUAUGACUAUCUGAAGUCCACCACUCUAGAUGCUAAGUCCAUGCUGAAGUUAGCUUACUCUUCUGUCAGUGGCCUGUGCCACUUACACACAGAAAUCUUCAGUACUCAAGGCAAACCAGCAAUUGCCCAUCGAGAUCUGAAAAGUAAGAACAUCUUGGUGAAGAAAAAUGGAACUUGCUGUAUAGCUGACCUGGGCCUGGCUGUAAAGUUUAUUAGUGACACGAAUGAGGUUGACAUCCCACCCAACACCCGAGUUGGCACCAAACGCUACAUGCCUCCAGAAGUGUUAGAUGAGAGCUUGAACAGAAAUCACUUCCAAUCUUACAUCAUGGCCGACAUGUACAGCUUUGGACUCAUCCUCUGGGAAAUUGCCAGGAGAUGUGUUUCAGGAGGUAUAGUAGAAGAACACCAGCUUCCCUAUCAUGACCUCGUACCCAGUGACCCUUCUUAUGAAGACAUGAGAGAAGUUGUGUGCAUCAAGAAGCUACGCCCUUCAUUCCCCAAUCGGUGGAGUAGUGAUGAGUGUCUCAGGCAAAUGGGAAAACUCAUGACAGAGUGCUGGGCUCACAAUCCUGCCUCAAGGCUCACGGCCCUUCGUGUUAAGAAAACACUUGCCAAAAUGUCAGAGUCCCAGGAUAUUAAGCUCUGACGUAGGACACUCUUCUGCUUGUGGGCAGAGUACAAGAUGUUAUGGAAGUAUCCACAGCAUAAGCCUUGAACAUCGUCCUGCUGCCCAGUGGAUUCAGUCCUCCCCCAUUGGGGGGCAAUCUGGACACUCAGAAAGCUCCCUAGAAUCAGAGACUCACCGUGGCUCUCUGAGGAGGCAGACACCAUUUGGGUAACUUGUUCAAGACAUGAUGCAUGUUGCUUUCUAAGAAAGCCCUGUAUUUUGGGAUUGCCAUUUAAAAAAAAAAAAAAGAUGCUUUAAUUUUGCCAAAAUAAAACAAAUAUUCUAGAUGUUUUAAGGUUUAUACAACCAUAGUUACAAUGAUAGGAAAACAUUUCCCAGAAACUUGGUUGGAAGUGAAUUUUUUUUCAUUGCAAAAUAUCCUUGCACACUACAAAUGGAAAUGGUGCAAAUGUGGAUUGGAACUCAACUUGCAGCCCCAGCCCCACCCAUCCUUCUCAGACCCUGUGGCCAGUCUUCAGUGAGGACUGCAGCAGUCAUGGGAAGGGCCUACAUCCACGUUCCACCUGUCCGGGACCACGUGUUAGAAUUCCUGCAGGGCCACUUGCAGCUUCAGACCAUGUGGAAUGAAUGAAGGAUUUAUGUGCCCCAGUAAACAGCGAUGGUGGUGGGUGUUCUUCAGAGCCACUGAAGCUUCUGGUUGUGCUCGGAAAUGCUUUCAUGGUAAACCUCUUCCUUUUCAUUAAACACAAGAAAAGUGUUUUCAUGUGCCGAGAACUGACUUGUGCAUGCUUUUGAUCUCUCAUAUCAGAAGAUCAGUAGUAAAUAAAUUGCUGUUGAGUUUUGUUAAAGGCAAGGUACUUUCAAAUAGAGAUAGUUUGCUCUUGUGUUGUAAGAAAAGCAUGCUGAACUAGUAAGGGCAGAGGCUGAGGGUGUAGACGGCUUGCUCAUCUCAGAAGCACUGCAACGAAGAACCAAGGACUCCAUAUUUGUACAGACAAGGACGGGUUCAUUUUGUUAUUGUCUCUGAGUUAAGGAAUAGAGAAGAAGUAUAUUCUAGAUCAAAUUUACUAAAUUUUAAUUUAAGAAAUAAAUGUAAACUUCAGGGGGACAAGGAGAGAAAAACUAAUGAAGGCCACAAAAGCAUCAUGGCUGCUGUGAUUUAUUUCAUAAUAUAUAUGGAUCAAGUAUGAAUCUAUUGAUUGAUUAUUUCACACUUUAGGAAUACUUAAUCAUUUUAUUCUCAUGUACAAUCCACUAUUUAACUUAUUUUGUUCGUUAUGGCACUUGUACAAACAUAUCUCUUCAUUUAUUCAGUUCUAUGGGAUGUUAACUUUUGAACAAAAUCAAUGACAGGGCCAAUAUUCCUUAGCAGCAGGAAUAUGAUAAAGUUCAAGAUUGUACAUAGCCCUCUCUCAACCUUAUUCAUGACAUUUCCUUACCGUGUUUUACUUUGCUGCUUAAAAAUUCUUUACUGGUUAUUAAGGAAUUUGAAUAGACUUCUUGCUUGGCCUUCAAAAAAGACAUUCCUUCCAGAAAACUCCAGGGGGCAGUGCUUUCCCACUUUCACCACUGGAUAGUUGGAAGGUAGAGAAUUUUGGAAAAACUUGACAGACAGCUGCAUGAGAAAUGAGAAAAUAUUUUUCUCAUUUCCAAAGUACAUUUGCAGCUGGUGUCAUGUUCAUCCAGAAAACAUCCUGGAGCUAUGAGUGUUUGUGAACCUUACUUACAGUUUGGUAAAACUGAAAAGGGGAAGCAUACCAUUCUGUGUUCACCUCCCAGUGCUUCAUAGCCACAUUAUGUUUCCCACUAAGAAAGAAUAAUUUCUCAGUUCUUCAAUUUGAAAACCAAUGCAUGCAAAAACUACUAGUUUUUAAUAUAUCAGGCAACAGAAUGCUGCUCUUACACUUGCUAACACAACCUAAGAGUUCAUUUUCAGUGUCAAAUCAAAUCAUACCCUUUGUGAUAGUGAGGAUGAAAUAUAUGGACAGAGAUAAGUGUGACAAUCAUCUGAGCCUAGGAGAGAAACUGCAGGUGUGUCCAACUUGUGAGCUGUGUGAAUGCAGUCCAGCACGUGUCCAUGGCAACAUCAUAUCACAGUGUCAAAAGGCUGGACAUGAGUGCAAGCUUAGGGCCUCUAGUCAGACCAUCUUCAAACAAGUAAAUGAAGGUUUGGGUCAGUUAUAUGGACAUAUUUUUGGUAUUCCUUGGAUUUUUCCACAAGUUAAGUGAAAUUUGGGUUACCUCUUAGGAAAAAUUAUGGAGUUUUUGUUGAUAAUUUCCUAAACAUAAAUAACUUCAACUCAGAUUUUUUUUUUUUUUUUUUUUGUGGUGAGGUGAUUGAGGAAUGGAAAGCAGGCUAGAUUUCUAGGGUUCCAAUGAAUGACUUAAAGUUAAAGUUAUACCCAAAUUUCUCCUAUAUUAUUCAUCUGGGAAAAAUUUCAGCUUAACACUCAACAUUAUAUGAAAGUCUUUAAAUUAUUCCUGAGAUAGUUAAGAUGACCCAUUAACUAUAAUUUUCUAAUGAGACAAGAAUUUAAUUAUGAAAAUAUGUUAAUCUGUAUCUUACCAAAAUCUGUUUAGUUAAAAUUAAGUUGUUCCUUACCCUACUCACAUCCCAGUAAUCCUCCAUAAUAUUCUUUUUCAUUUCUAGCAAGUCAUUAGUGAAUUUUAUUUAAUGCUUAUUUUUUUGCUUUAUUUUUCAGUUGAGUAAGAACUUGGAAAUUAGUAAUAUAAUUGAUUGCUUACUUUCAGGAUAAUUUCAAAGACUAAGGUUUUCUUUAAUCUCCUCCUCCAAUGAAAUCCUAAAUUAUUAGCUCUUAGAUAAUCUUUGUAUACUAUGGCCUUGAAGUUUAUAGCUUAUGUAUGUGUAUGUAUAUAUUAUAUAUAGAGAGAUGUAUAUGUAAAUAUUAUGUUCAUUUUGGAGUCUGGCACAACUCCAUUAUGUGGAUUAGAGAGUAAACUAUUAUGGAUGCUAAAGUACUAAAUGAAACAUAAUAUUUAUUUAUGGAAGUAUGCAGAUUGUUAAAUCACUAGUGAAGAGUUAUGAAUACCAUGUAUGAGGAGACAGGCUUUUGACCCCCUGGAAAGAAUCUCUUAGAAGUCACUAGUGUCUGUUCUUUUUAUUCCCCAAACAGAAAGCUUCUUAGAAAACAUGCUGAGAUUUUAUUUACAGGGAAUUCUUUGACACGUUUCAAUUGGUGUGUAGUCAAGGAUAGCAAGUACUUAAUAGUGACUGAAUCUCAUGUUCCUGGAAUCCUGCAUAUUCAUUAGGAGCUCUGUGUCAUUUGUCUGUUCUGGCUUUUCUUUGUGUAUAGGUGGAAAGGCAGUGAGAGAAGGACAAUUGUUAAGACUUGAACAUGCUCAGUAGUUAUACCUUCUAAAAAUGUAUCCCCCUAAACAAGGGAAGUGAAAGUAGUUAUAUCAGCAUUGAUUUGAUUUAGCACUUACAAUUCUAUUGGCAAACAAUUCAAACCAAAAUAAUGAUAUUUUUUGGAAGAAAAGUUGGCAAUAUGUAGAGAAUCUAUUUUCUGUCUGUUUUAAAAGAAGACAUAUUUGUGUUGUUUUGGGGAAUUAGUGCCUUAUGGAAUUUGUACAUAUGUAAUUAUUCAGGGCUGGGGAAUAAACAAUUGUAUUUGUUACAAAUUGUAUAUGGUUUUGUUUUAACAUUCCCCUAAAUAAAAUGAUGUCAUUCUCCCCUUAUAGAAAA